UCACGUGUACCUUGUUAUGUAAUAGGAAAUUGCUAAAUCUAGAAUUUUAUUUUUAUCUGAAAUUUUUACAUGAUUUAAUGAGGAAAUUGUCAACAGUAUAUAAAAAAGUUUUAAGUCUGGAACGUGGUACGUCAAUAUAAUAUUACACUUAUUUGGCAUUAUUAACAUGAUACAUUGUAAAAAUUUAGUUUUUAGUUUAUUCUGAAUCUUUCAAAUUCGAAUUUGCAAUAUAAUAUAUUAUAUAUAAUAUCAAACUAGGUCUUGUAUCAAAUAUUUGUUCUCCAAUAAAACUUGUAAUAAACACUGUACAGAAUAUCGAUGGAUUUGGCCGAGAUAUGCACGAACAUGCAUACGCCAAUAUAUAUAUAUUGCAUAUUCUUUACUUCAAAUUACUUGAAUCAUAAUAUUUUUUUAUUAAUUUGAGUUUAAUUUUAUGCGCUAGAUAUACAUCUUAAAAUUCUUUAUGCUCCUUUUCAAAUUACUUGAAUCAUAAUAUUUUUUAUUAGUUUGAGUUUAAUUUUAUGCGCGAGAUAUACAUCUUAAAAUUCUUUAUGCUCCUUUUUGAAAGCAGAUUGUCACAAAUUUUAUAAAAAAUUCUUAUCUUAUUUUGUAUUAUAUUUGUUAAUUUAUUUCAAUUUCCGAAAAAUAAUUAAAAUACAUGAUGAUUGCACUUGUUUCUUUAUGUAACACACGUUAUCUUCUACCUUGCUCGCAAGAUGCUAUACGUGUUGUUAAAUUCAAAAUGGGAAUACAUUCAUAUUUAUAUUCCCGUGCUUCAUAAUAUUGAUUCCACGAAUACACGUCUAUUUACAUUUACCGUAUAUUCGUACUCGCUUAUUCUCAUACGCGCGAGGCAUGAAGAAGGUCACCCGAAUAUCAUACGAACUGUUUCCGAAAAUUUCUUAAUGUUCGCGCGGCCUUUGCCGUGAACGGAUUCGGUAUACGGCGGCGGUAUCCGUUAUCAAAAUCACAAAACCAUGAAACACCUCUUACUAUUCCUGGCGAGUUAUGUCUCUCUACUGUUACUUUCCGUGUACGCAACAGAUCUGAACGAAUAUCUGAACGAAAAACUACGGCAGUCCAAGAUAGAAUUCAUCAAGAUUCACAUCCAAGAGACUUCGCCGGUGCAAGAAAAAUCGUACAGAGUACACUGGGACAGAUCAUGGCGGGUACCUAUAACGAGCGAUCAUCAGCCGUUCACAAUCGAUAUGUUCGAUGGGGUAUUCGUCCUCGACGGCAAUCGCAUGAUGUUACCCUCUCUCAACGUAACAUCCUGGAAUGAGACUUAUGACACGUUACGCGAAAUUUAUCGGAUCAAAGACGAGUCCGUCGUUAAGUUUGUCAGGAGCACCGUAUGGGAGGACACCAACUACCUGCUAGUGUGUUACGAUCACGGUCUGUGCAGACUUUACACGGCAAAAUCGAAUCACCCGUUGCGGUUUCGCCACACCAUAGGAUACAUAGGAUACAAAGGAAUCCCCGUAGACGCUAAAUUUUUCGCACAAGCCUCUCAACUCUAUCUGAUCAUCGCUAACAACGCCGACAAAUUUCCCAUACCGUCCGUGAUCUACCGAUGGUCCGGCACGUACAUGGAUAUCGUCCGCGAAGUGACGACGACUGGCGCGAUAUCGGUCACCGCGUUCAUGCACCAGCAAUCGGCGAUCAUCGUGUUCGCCCAGAGCUACACCGCAAACCCGUGGAUCGGUUCCGACGUGUACGAGUUCAAGGAUAACAAUAUCGAGAGAAUACAGUUCCUGUCUACCGCACGUCCCACGUCGGUGCAUCACUAUGUCCACGGAGACUUCAACUUCAUCCUGAUGAUAAAUGACUUAGGACCGAGCGACGUGCUCUGCUGGGAUGGGGGAGAAUUGCUGGAUUGGUUCAGCCUUCCCGACAUCAAACCGUAUAGCCUGAUAAGAAUUUUUCACAUGGACGGCGAUACUUUCGUAGUUGUGGCGCACGAUAAUGUCGUCCAGCUGUACAAAUUUCAUAGUACGUCCGAGUGGAAGAGCGAGAAUAUUAAACGUUUUAAGGAUAAUCAGAAGAUAGUCGAUAUGACGGUCUCGUUGAACGAACAUAUGAUGAAUGUAACAUUGAUCCUUGUGGAUGAAAAGAACAUAUAUUGGGUGGAACAAUGGGAGGCUGAGAUGACUUCGGUAUCAAUAGAUAGCAACGUGGAAGAUACCGAUGCAACAAGAAAAUGCUUAUCGGAUCUGAUUGAAACACUACAAGCGAGAAUGCCGGCCGUAAAAGAAGCUGAAGCGUCCUGGAAGUUUCUCUUACCAGCUGCGGAAAAUUUGACAGUCUCAGAACCAGUGAAUUUCGACAGUUUGACCUUGCGAUCCGGCAUGGUUGACACCAUAGAGAUUGCGACCGAAGAGGACAUCCUGCCACCUCAUCAGAUUGCGAAAGCUCUGGACGAGCUCGAGCGCAGUGUCCACGACGCCGUUCAGGCAAAACAGUCAAAGACGCAGCAAGAGACGAGGGAGAUUGCGGAUAUGUUGAAGGAAAAGAUUGUAGCUAACGAUCUACAUUUGGAGGAAUUGGAGAUCGACCAAAUGCACGUGAAUUUCGUCAACGACGUGGACAUGCAAUCGGGAAAGACGAUCCUCCCAGAGGGUGAACAACACUUCACGCAUCCGUUACGCACGAAAAAUCUCAUUGUACACAAUCUCGAAGUUGAGUCUCUCUGUGGAAUAGCGCCCGAACAUUGGCUGUUACGAAGUGACGAAGGGAUCGCGUCUGCCAUUGCAAACAGCUCCUUCGAGUAUACAAACGACACCGUUAUAGUGAGUUCCGAUUUAACAGUACCGAAGUUGAAGAUUAAAAGCCUGAACGGAAUAAUCAUCGAUCAGUUGAUCGAUGACUUGUUCAUCAUUAACCGCAACCAGAAUAUCAAAGGUACAAUUACGUAUGAGAACUCGCUGCAAGUUACGAACCUUACGGCGCGGAUGGUGAACGGUGUUCCCGCCGAUAAACUCAUGACAACAAUGACAAAUCAGAGCUUCGAUGAUCUCUAUGUGGAAACGUUGCACAUUGAAAAUCUGUACGCGGAAACGAUUAAUGGGGUGCCAGUUGAAGAAGCCGCGCGAAAGUCACGCGAGAACGUUAUUAAGGGCAAAUUAAAACUGGCGAAACUUAACGUCAUCGAGGAACUCGUGAUCGACAUGAACGACUCUAUGAUAAAAAUACCCGACGAGCGGCUUCAGAUCUAUCAAAACGUCACGAUUCUGGGUGAUCUGCACAUUCAGAAUAUCAAGGUCGAGAACGCAGCGGAACUCUUUGUGGAGGAUGUCCCGGUAAACGUGAGCGACAUGUUUGAUCGACACUGGACAAAAUCCACCGAUCAGACGAUCACGGAAAAGAUCACCCUGGAGGCCGGCAUCACCAUCGACAAACUCGAUACGAAAUAUCUCAACGGUUUUGCGGAAAGUGACUUUCUGUAUACCACAAUGGAGGAGAUACCAAGCGAUUUCAGUAAUCUGCGCUUCGAGGACUUCCACGUCGAACAAUUUUCCAACGAGAACGAGGGCAAAAGCAGUUUCUUCGAAGUUGAACCAAAUUCAAUAACGAUCCGAGAGAUGUUACACGUGCAAACUCUCCGAGCGAAAGAUAUCCUUACUCUGACUUUCAAUGGCAUCAGGGUGGACGACAUCAUGAACGAGAGGCCUGUGAAUUUCUCAUCGGGAACCGUGGAAUUUCCAACUGUUCAAGCGCGUCGCGUGCUCGUCGACAAUCUCGACGUUCGUCUUCUCAAUCAUCGCGAGGUCAUCUUCGAGGACGGGCUUCACGUCGACGACGAUCAUCAACUGGCAUUCCUGAAGGUGCCAGAGUUCCACGUACGUAACCUGGAAGUGGAGAGAUUGAACGGGAUCGAGAUGAAUCUGACGCAAUUGAGGAAUAUGGCGAAUUACGAUCCGAAUGAAAUCGUCGUCGACGGUGACUUAACGGUGGAGAAUCUGAUAGUCGAUCAAGUGGACGGGCGAUCGGUCGACAGCUUCUUGGAAGAUCUGUGGAAUUCAUGGAGUGACAUCGAGAUAAAAUCGAAGAGGAAAAUCGAGCACUUGGUCGUUCAGAAUAUAACGCUGAAAUCUCUUCAUGGACGGAACUUUAACGAUUGGACCGCUAGUAUUCUCUCGAAAUCGAAGGAGCAAACGAUAACAGGAAACUUUUCUGCUCACGUCGUCACCUCCGACAACGUCACAAUUACGGAUUUCAUUAAUAAACGAAACGCUUCACAGCUGAUGUGGGUGGACGGGCCUCUGACAAUCACGGAAAACGUAACGUUCACCGAUCUAUUCGUCAAGGGCGACGUGAAUAUACUAAAGAUGAAUGGACGCAAUGUAUGCGAGUUAUACGAUAGCUUGUUGUACAUUCCCGCAAGAAAUAUCGAUCUAUUGGAAGUGCACGGAAAUAUUUCCUGGGAGACGCCAUCGACCAGUCCUCACUCCAUCUCUUAUCUGUUAAAUAACGCCGUGACCAAAGAUACGAAUCAAGUUAUUACGGGAAAAGCGAUCUUUGCGAAGGACGUUCGCGCGUGGGCGGUCAGCGGUAAUUACAAAGAAAUCAAGGAAAUUGAAGAUGUAAUAUCGGACGCUGUGAUCGACUAUGGAGAACGCAUCGAGAUCAACGGAACGAAGUACUUCGAGGAAGACUUCAUCGCGGACAGUUUGACGGUGAACGGCGAUCUGGGUAUUGCCAAGAUCAACGACGUGAAUAUCCUCGAGUUCAAUGAUUCUGUCGUUAGGCAAAAUCGCGAAGAAACGAUUAUGGGUCCGUUGACGUUCCUCGCGGACGUUACGGUGGAGAAGCUUUAUGUGAACGACGCCGAUCUCAACGCGUCUGUCAACGCGGCGAUCCGUAUUGACGAAGUUAUCCCGGAUAUCCACUUCGAGGAACUUGAGGUGCUAGGCGAUGUGAAUCUGCAAAAUUUGGACACGAUAGACUUCGACAAGUUUGUAAAGAAUCGUGUCACCCUCAGCGGAGAUCACGACAUCUCGUGCGACGUGAGAUUUAAUGGUAUCGUUACAGUAACAGGCAAUGCGAAAAUAGGCAAAAUUAAUGGGAUUGAUCCAUCUGAUUUCGUCCUAAACGAUGUUGACGAGGUGCAAAUCAUAAAUGGCAUAAAGACUUUCAAAGAAGAUUUAAUAGUCGAUGGAGACGUUGUUGCCCCACGAAUUAACAAUAUCGAUAUAAUGAAAGAAUAUAACAACGGUGUACAAAACACUGACGAAGAUGUCGAUAUCUUUGGUGAUCUUAUUUUCAAGGCGGACGUUCGGAUCCAAAAUUUAAGUACUUCCGGUUUGGUGAACAACGUGGAUCUGAAUUCUAUCGACAACAAUUCAGAAGAGCAGAUAAAUGAAACUCUUGAGAGCUUGGAGAAACAUUGGCAAAUAAUCGAGCAUAACAUCGAACGUAGCUCGAUGAUAUCCGAAACUCUGCGCAAUGUCUUUCUCUAUCUUGAGGAGGAAGAGGAUCUGGAGGUACCCGGAACCAACGUCAGUAAGAUCGACGUAGUGUAUUUCAAUGAGAGCACGAUCAGAUUGAACAUGUACAGCGAGCAACCCGGAAGAGUUUGCUGGCUGAUGUUAAACAACUGUUCGUGUACGCGUCAGUCUGUGGUUGAACUCGUUAAUAAGGCCGGCGCAAACAGAACUGAAGAAAUGCGAAAGUGGCAAGUGAAUUGGAAGAUCGUGAAGAAUUUUCACGAUCCGGACGAGAUGUUCGACGUAAACCUCAUAACGACUACUGUCUCAAGCAGCAAAGAAUGCAUCCAAAUAGGAACCAAGCCAGAGCACACAGUGAUUUCCGUGACGUGGUCCAAAAAUCUUGAAAUGCAUCGCGAAUACGUUUUUCGUAAUAUAACAGGAUACUUGAAAGACGCCAAGAUUUUUAAGCACGACGGCAAUGUAUACGUAGUUCUGGCGAUAUAUUACGAUAAAGCACGCGCAACGCAUCAGACAAAUUCCUUGGUUUAUAGAGUUCAUUCGCUGAGAAACACAGCCAGUCCAGAAUUAGUUCAAGAAAUUCCUACGGAUGGUGCUUGGGCCAUCCAGAUCUUCAAGAUCGAGCAUCACGAAAUAUUUCUCCUCAUCGGCUGUUUCGGCGAAUCCUCAAAAUCUUCAUUGUACAAAUUCGAUCCAAUAACACAAAAGUUCGAACAGCUGAGGACGUUCGCAAGCAGAAGCCGUUACGUAAAAAGUCUGUCGCAGGAAAAGGAUUAUUUCAUUUUGCUAGAUAAUCCUGAUACGAACGCCGUGAACAUUUACAAAUACGACCCCGAAUCUCGAAAUUUUUAUAGUUAUCAAAGCAUUUUUCAUAUGCAUCAGAUUAACGGGAUUGAGUACUUCUACACUGAUGAUUUUGGCAAUAGCGAUGUGUUUGUGAUUAUUACGACGCAGAGUGGACAAUUUUAUAUUUACGAAUAUAUGUUUGCCGGGAAAUUCCAAAUGAAAAUGCAACACGUCGUAAACGGCUUACAAACGAUGAUGCCAUUCUACUAUGCAAACCGUCAUUAUAUUCUGGCUGGCACAGAUGGCAACAACAUAAUCUUCCGGAUUGUAAAACAAGGACCACAUUAAUGUGAUGAAUAUUUAAAGAUCGGCAUAAAGUCAAUUUUUGUUGUACACCCCCACAGAUAAACAUUUAUAUCUGUUAUACAGUAUUUAUUAUAAAUUAAUAUAAAAAGUCACACUAUUUAAUUGACUGAUCUAUAGACUAUAACACGAUAAUGAUUACUCUUACGAUAAUGUUUAUUCUUACUUUUUUGUUAUUGUUAAAAAAUUAUGUUAUUGUUAUUUUUAAAUAAUAUAUUAAUUAUUGCAUUUAAUUAAUUAAUCAAUAAUAAUCAAUGCAUUUAUUGAAUUGUA